UUUUAAACUACCGCUUAAAAAAGCGUCCAGGGCAAAAAAAGCAACCUCCCCUUUAUUUAUUUAUUUCUUCUUUUACACAUUAUAGAUUAAACGCAACGAUUCAAUGGAACUAUUACCGACUAACAACAAUAACAGUGAUGGAACACGUCGUUUUAAAAGAGCUUCUUCCAUGCCGCUUAUACUCACUCGAUUAGUUCGCUUUCCACAAUUGGAUUUUGAGUUUGCACUUUGGCAAAUGGCUUACCUGGUUAUUGCACCGAGAAGAGUAUAUAGAAAUAUUUAUUACCACAAACAAACCAAAAAUCAAUGGGCAAGAGAUGAUCCAGCCUUUCUAGUGUUAUUAGCCUCGUUAUUAUGCGUGUCAGCGUUAGCGUGGGGAGUGGUAUUUGGGCUGGGAAUGGUGGGUAUUUUGAGAGCCAUGUUAUUUAUGGUUGUUGUGGAUUUUGUGCUUGUGGGAUCACUGGUGGCCACUUUGACCUGGUUUAUCACCAACCGAUUUUUAUGUCAGCAGGGUAAGAUGAUGACCCAGGAUAGCCAAGUGGAGUGGGCCUACGCCUUUGACAUUCAUUGCAAUUCGUUCUUCCCGUUAUUUCUGAUAUUGUACAUUGUCCAGUUCUUUUUCUUGCCAGUGUUAAUCAAGAGUAAUCUGGUGUGUUUGGUAGCAGCUAAUAUACUCUACCUUGUGUCUGUGGCCUGGUACUGUUAUGGCACAUUUUUGGGAUUUAAUGUAUUACCAUUUUUAGUACAUACCGAAUUGUUGCUGUAUCCUAUUAUCGGCUUCGUGGUAGGAUUUAUACUUUUAUCCGUCUUUCGCGUCAAUCUUUGUGAGAAUGUCAUUGGGUUCUAUUUUGGUUGGAGUUGAGAAUAAAGUUUUUCACCCCUUUUUUCCAAAAGCAAGCAAAAUCGGGGUUCUCUUUUCCUAGUUACAUGCAGCAUUUUAUCCCACGUUCGUUGAAAUCGGAUCGAAAAACAAUAUUUUUACGCCCAGUACGGCGCAACCGUAAAUAAAUAAUCCCUUUAGCCAAAGUGCAGCAGCAAGUAAAUGAAGGCCAAAUAAUGUUACACGCCAAUUGGAG